AUGGGUUUUCCAGGUGCCAGCCAGCCAGCCAGCCUGCCAGCCAGCCAACUAGCAGCCAGCAGCAGUCCCAGCCAGCUGCGGUCCCCGCCAGCAUCAGUCCCUGCCAGUAGCCAGCAGCGGUCCCAGCCAGCAGCCAGCAGCGGUCCCAGCCAGCAGCCAGCAGCGGUCCCAGCCAGCAGUGGUCCCUGCCAGCAGUGGUCCCUGCCAGCAGCCAGCAGCGGGCCCCGACAGCAGCGGUCCCUCAGCCAGCAGCCAACAGCGGUCCCAGCCUGCAGAGGUCCCAGCCUGCAGCCAGCAGCAGCGGCGUCCCUGCCGGCCAGCCAGCUGGGUCACCCCCCCGCCAGCAGCAGCAGAGGGGCAGUUAGGCAGCGCUGCAAAACCUCAUCUCUCAUUCAAGUGUCGCCCGCGCUGCGCAGCUCCAGCUGCGAGGGCAAAGUUGCGCUGUAG